CGGGCGACAGGUGUCACUUGAAAAGACUGGGCUCAUCCUUGCUGGUGCGUGCGUCGUCGGCCUCUGGGCAGCAGGCGGGUUUACAAAGAAGGAAGACUGCUUCUUCUAGAUUUUUCUCUUCCAGUUUCUUCUAUAAAUUAAAACAUCUUAAGAUGGAGACCUAAAAUCCUUAAAGGGACUUAGUCUAAUCUCGGGAGGUAGUUUUGUGCAUGGGUAAACAAAUUAAGUAGUUAUCUGGUGUUUUACUAUCCGAAGAUUGCUAAUUUUAUAAAGAUGAUCUAGUUAUAUAAGGUAUAACUAUAAUGAGUUUGAUUCUGAAUUUGAUAUGUAGAAGUAAAGGAGAAGUGAUUCUAGCUAGGGCAUAUGGUUAAAGCGUCUUUUUUUUUUUUUUUUUUUUUAAGAGUUGGCCAGGCAAUCUCCUACUGGCGUAUUCUCCCAUUUUGUAGAAUAGAAACAGUACCUGUGAUUGGGAAACAUUUUAAAAUGAGUUAUUUAGAACAAAGAACUAAUACUCAACCUACUGCAAAAUUAAAGAAACAUGCAGGUAAAAGCUUUGACACAUUACAAUACAUCUACAGUGACAAAGAAAAAUCAAGAAAAAAGCUUUUCAAUAGGUGCAACAAAUUUAGAGGAAGUAAGAUAAAUGUGAUGAUGGAUGAAGAAAUUAUCUAGUCAUCUACAAGGCCACUGAUAUUUUAAAAAUCCAAAAGUUUGUUUAAAUGGGCUGUCACGGAGAAUGAUGAGGGUGAGAAUGAUGGUUGAAGGUUACAUUUUCUGAAAUGAAGGAGCUUACUCACAAAGAAAAGUUAUGUAAAGACAGUGAUGAAUACAAAGAAGAUUUUUAUGACAAUGUGUAAAGUUUUCAAUCAGGGAAAGGAAUGUUGAAGUUAGGUACAAUUACUUACCUUUGAGGGAAAUAAUCAUUGGUAAUGAGAUGUGAUGUCUCUCCUGCCACCUGGAAACAAAGUAUCGAAGUCUGCAGUAGAAAACUCAGUAUCUGUGAGAUCCAGGAAACCAUGUUUGCAAAUCGCUGGUAAAAAAGUAAAUAAAGAAAAAGCUACAAUGACUUGCUUAUUGGUCAUUGCUAAUAUUAUUGACUCGAACCUGUUUACUAAUGGCUAGUAAGUCAUAAUUGAGAAAUUCUGAAUUUUGACAAGGUCUCUGCUGUUGAAAUGGUAAAUUUAUUAUUUUUUUUUGGUCAUGAUAAAUUCUGGUUCAAGGUAUGCUAUCCAUGAAAUAAUUUCUAACCAAAACCAUAUUUAUGCAAUUUGAUUAUCCAUCUUAGCCUAUACAUAGCACUUUGUAAUUUUUGACUAUUUUAAAAAAUAAAACCACUAUCAGAGUAUAUUUAAUGUUGGCUUCAGAAACAAUUAGAAAAACAAAAGUUCAAAAAUGUUUUCAGUAGGUGAUAAGUUGAAUAACCUCAAUGUUAGUUUUUUGAGGGGGACAAACAUUUUUUAAAAAUCUUUGAAAGAUCUAUUAUUUUAUAGUCAUAUCUAAAUUGUCUUAAGAAAUUUUUUAAUCAAGGGAAUGUAAUAUAUAUCAUGAUUCUGUUUCUCCAAUAUAGCAAUGAAGUUCAGUUUUGUUAUUGGUAGUUUGUGACAGAGUCUCUUUUUGUAGUACCCGGUGUCUACCAUAAUUACAGAGGAUAUUUCUGUUUUGUAGCCAAGUAUACUAUUAGAAUUUUAAAAAAAAACACUGAGUUGCUUCAACAGCAUGAGGCUGAGUCCAAAAGACCAAAUGAACAAAUACGUUAAUCUCUGAUGAUUUAUUUUAAAUAGAAUAUUUAAUUGUAUAAGAUCUAACAGUAUCACUAUGCUUAAGCAAUCAUAUUCCUGAUGAUUUAUGAGAAAUAACUGUUUUUUAAUAAAUAUUGAAACCAUGUUUUAAGAUGCGUUAAUCAGUCCUGUUAUCUGUUAAGCUCUUGAUUUGAAGAGAAAUUUUAGAUUGUUUUGUUCUCUUUAUUAGAAUGAUUGUACAAAGAAAAAAUGACUAAUUGGAGAAAAACUUUGGAAUAUACCAUAUUUCAUUGAAUUUAAAAUGUCUUCAACUGUAAAUCAUACCAUUAUUUUAUGUACCUCUAAGAAAUAAAAGUGCUGCUAAUUAAAAUAUAUGCCAUUAAUUAUAAAAUACUUCUUCAUAACAGAAGUUUUAAAAUAGCCAUCUUAGAAUCAGUGAAAUAUGGUAAUGUAUUCUUUUCCUCCUUUGAGGUAGGUCUGAUGCUUUUUAUUCUUGGCUACCAAAUUUCAUAAUUUCCAAAAAUAAAAAUAAACAUAAUCUGAAUAUUUUUGCUGUGAAACACUUGAGAGCAUGGCUUUCUGCCAUGAAAAGAAGCCAGCUUCAUGAAUCACACAUUUCAUCUUCAGGUGGAUUGAAUGCCACUGAAACAUCCUAGUAGCCUGAAGAAGUUGACCUACUUGUGGAGAUGCUUGACAUUAAAUGGGAUCCUGAUGUCCUAACGCACUUUACUCUUCUUUGAAGGGUUUUAAUUUUCAACACAGUUUACUCUGUGGCAUCACGUUUACAUCAUAUGUAUAAAGAUUAUACAAAGGUGCAAUUGUGUAUUUCUUCCUUAAAAUGUAUCAGAAUAGGAUUUAGAAUCUUUCCAUGUUGAAAUUCUAAAUGCAUAGAAAUAAAAAGAAAGAAAAAUUUCUCAUUUUAUCUUUUCAGCCUGGUAUUAAAACUGAUAAAAGCAAAGCCAUGCACAAAACUACCUCCCCAGAGAAAGGCUAGUCCCUUUUCUUCCCCAUUCAUUUCAUUAUGAACAUAGUAGAAAAUAGCAUAUUCUUAUCACAUUUGAUGAAAAGUGCCAACAUGUUUGAAUUGAAAUACGACUUCUCAUGUGAACUGUAUCGAAUGUCUACGUUUUCCACUUUUCCCACUGGGGUUCCCGUCUCGGAAAGGAGUCUCGCUCGUGCUGGUUUCUAUUACACUGGUGUGAAUGACAAGGUCAAAUGCUUCUGUUGUGGCCUCAUGCUGGAUAACUGGAAAAGAGGAGACAGUCCUAUUGAAAAGCAUAAAAAGUUGUAUCCUAGCUGCAGAUUUGUUCAGAGUCUAAAUUCAGUUAACAACUUGGAAGCUACCUCUCAGCCUACUUUUCCUUCUUCAGGAACAAAUUCCACACGCUCGUUACUUCCGGGUACAGAAAACAGUGCAUAUAUCAUUGGCUCUUAUUCAAGCUUUCCAUCAAAUCUUCUAAACUCCAGAGCAAAUCAAGAUUUUUCUGCCUUGAUGGGAAGUUCUUACCACUGUGCAAUGAAUAAUGAAAAAGCCAGACUACUUACUUUUCAGACGUGGCCAUUGACUUUUCUGUCGCCAGCAGAUCUGGCAAAAGCAGGCUUUUACUACGUAGGACCUGGAGACAGAGUGGCUUGCUUUGCCUGUGGUGGAAAACUGAGCAAUUGGGAACCAAAGGAUGAUGCUAUGUCAGAACACUUGAGACAUUUUCCCAAAUGCCCAUUUAUAGGAAAACAGCUUCAAGACACUUCAAGAAUCACAGUUUCUAAUCUGAGCAUGCAGACACAUGCAGCCCGCUUUAAAACAUUCUUUAACUGGCCCUCCAGUGUUCUAGUUAAUCCUGAGCAGCUUGCAAGUGCGGGUUUUUAUUAUGUAGGUAACAGUGAUGAUGUCAAAUGUUUUUGCUGUGAUGGUGGACUCAGGUGUUGGGAAUCUGGAGAUGAUCCAUGGGUGGAACAUGCUAAGUGGUUUCCAAGGUGUGAGUACUUGAUAAGAAUUAAAGGACAGGAGUUCAUCCAGCAAGUUCAAGCCAGUUGCCCUAAUCUACUUGAAGAGUUGCUAUCCACGUCAGACACCCCAGAAGAUGAAAAUGCAGAGUCAUCAAUUAUGCGUUUUGAACCUGGAGAAGAUCAUGCAGAAGAUGCAAUCAUGAUGAAUACUCCUGUGGUUAAAGCUGCCCUGGAAAUGGGCUUUAGUAGAAGCCUGGUAAAACAGACAGUUCAGAGGAAAAUCUUAGCAACUGGAGAGAAUUAUAGACUCGUCAGUGAUCUUGUCUUAGACCUACUCAAUGCAGAAGAUGAAAUAAGGGAAGAAGAGAAAGAAAGAGCAACUGAGGAAAGAGAAUCAAAUGAUUUAUUAUUAAUCCGGAAGAAUAGAAUGGCACUUUUUCAACAUUUGACUUGUGUGAUUCCAAUCCUGGAUAGUCUACUAACUGCCAGAAUUAUUAAUCAGCAAGAACAUGAUGUUAUUAAACGGAAGUCACAGACAUCUUUACAAGCAAGAGAACUGAUUGAUACUAUUUUAGUAAAAGGAAAUUUUGCAGCCACUGUUUUCAGAAACUCUCUGCAAGAAGCUGACACUGUGUUAUAUGAGCAUUUAUUUGUGCAACAGGAUAUAAAGUAUAUUCCCACAGGAGAUAUUUCAGAUCUAUCAGUGGAAGAACAACUGCGGAGACUACAAGAAGAAAGAACAUGUAAAGUGUGUAUGGACAAAGAAGUGUCCAUAGUGUUUAUUCCUUGUGGUCAUCUAGUAGUAUGCAAAGAUUGUGCUCCUUCAUUAAGAAAGUGUCCUAUUUGCAGGAGUAUAAUCAAGGGUACAGUUCGUACAUUUCUUUCAUGAAGAACCAAAACUUUGUCUAAACUUUAGAAUUAAUUUAUUAAAUGUAUUCUAACUUUAACUUUUAUUCUGAUUUGGUUUCCUUAAAAUUUUUAUUUACAACUCAAAAAUAUUGUUUUGUGUAACAUAUUUAUAUAACUAUAUGUACGUAUCUAAACCAUAUGAACAUACAUAUUUUAGAAACCAAGAGAAUGAGAGACUUUUGUUCUUAUAAACAAAAAAGAGAGAGCACUACAAACACAACAUUCAAUCAACAUUUCAUCAGUAUCGAAAUUGUAAGUCAAGUAAAUUUUAAGAUAUUUGAGUUUACCUUUCAGAAUUUUAAAUAUUUUGGCAUCGUAUUAAUACCAGGAACACAAAGCCAGGUGUGGUGGUGUGUGCCUGUAGUCCCAGGCUGAGGCAGGAGGAUUACUUGAGCCCAGGAGUUUGACUCUAGCCUGGGCAACAUAGUGAGACCCUGCCUUUAAAAACAAACGGAACAAAAACAAAAUGGAAGGGACACGUUUCUGUCUUUUUUGAUCAGUGUCUUAUACAUCAAAGGUGUGCAUAUAUGGUGAAUGACAUUUUAGGGACAUAGUGUUUUUAUAAAGAAUUCUGUGAGAAAAAAAUUUAAUAAAGCAACAAAAAUUACUCUUA